AUGCUCUUGCAAAGGACAUUUUCUUUAACACUUGGUAAAACGGCUCGUUGCCAUAAUUUGAGCCUUCUUCGUCCACUUGGAAAGAGCAACAGUCAGAAUUUUUCGACAUUAUCAGCGUAUAGAUUAGCUAAGCCUUUACGAAAUAAUAGUGCUUUAUCACUAUUUCACCAAAAGAUUAAAGCUAAUGCGCCCUUAAUUCCAACUGUAUAUCACCAAAAGCAUUGGACUUCCACUGUUACCGUCAAGCAGGACGAAGAACCAAAAGAACCUGUCCGAGUACUCUAUAACAAUUGGCUAGAUCGCUUACCUGCUAAACUUGCACCUUACGCCUUUUUAACUCGUAUUGAUAAGCCUAUUGGUACAUGGCUUUUGUUCUGGCCAUGUGCCUGGAGUAUUUCAAUGGCAGCGUAUAAUACCGGCAGCUCCAUCAUGGACGCUGCAUCCAUGAUUACCUUAUUUGGUAUUGGAGCCUUAACAAUGAGAGGUGCAGGCUGCACUAUCAAUGAUUUAUGGGAUAAAGACAUUGAUGACAAGGUAGAAAGAACAAAGAUCCGACCCAUUGCAGCUGGCUUGAUUACGCCUAAGCAAGCCAUCGGCUUCCUUGGUUUGCAGCUUUCCGUUGGCCUUGCAGUUUUAACACAAUUGAACAUGUACAGUAUUCUGCUAGGCGCAAGCUCUUUAUCACUUGUUGUUACAUAUCCUUUAAUGAAAAGAGUGACCUACUGGCCACAAACAGUCUUGGGUCUGGCAUUCAACUGGGGGGCUCUUCUCGGUUGGUCUGCAAUGACUGGUUCAUUGGAUCUAUCUGUUGCCGGUCCUCUCUAUGCCGGAGGUGUUUGUUGGACAUUGGUGUAUGAUACUAUUUAUGCUCAUCAAGACAAAAAGGACGAUAUUAAGGUCGGUGUCAAAUCAACAGCUUUAAGAUUUGGAGAAAAGACAAACCAAUGGUUAACUGGGUUUUCAGCUGCAUUCGUAUCAUCAACUGCUGUUGCAGGAUAUAUGAACGGACAAGGUCUACCAUUUUAUGCAAUCAGUGUCUUGGGUACAGCAUGUCAUCUUUUUUGGCAGUUGAAAACUGUAAAUUAUAAUAACCCGGCAGACUGCUGGGCGAAAUUCAAAAGCAAUGCGUGGACAGGCGCCAUCCUUUGGUCAGGCAUUGUCGCUGAUGCGGCAUGGUCAUCCUCACAGUUGGCACUAGCAUAA